GUGGUUUGUGCUUGAGGUUGAGGGUUGCGUCGCUCUCUGGUAAAGGCAUGCAGGUGUUGGCCGUGGCCUCUGAGCUGGGAUGAGCCGUGCUCCCGGUGGAAGCAAGGGCGCCCAGCCGGAGCCAUGGCCCGUACAGUGGUAGCAGUUGGACUGACCAUUGCUGCUGCAGGAUUUGCAGGCCGUUACGUUUUGCAAGCCAUGAAGCAUAUGGAGCCUCAAGUAAAACAAGUUUUUCAAAGCCUACCAAAAUCUGCCUUCAGUGGUAGCUAUUAUAGAGGUGGGUUUGAACCCAAAAUGACAAAACGGGAAGCAGCAUUAAUACUAGGUGUAAGCCCUACUGCCAAUAAAGGGAAAAUAAGAGACGCUCAUCGACGAAUUAUGCUUUUAAAUCAUCCUGACAAAGGAGGAUCUCCUUAUAUAGCAGCCAAAAUCAAUGAAGCUAAAGAUUUACUAGAAGGUCAAGCUAAAAAAUGAAGUAAAUGUAUGAUGAAUUUUAAGUUCCUAUUAGUUUAUGUAUAUGAGUACUAAGUUUUUAUAAUAAAAUGCCUCAGAGCUACAAUUUUAAAAAAUGAUUUAGCACAAGCUAAAUCUCAAAGCCUUGGUAUAAUUUUCUUGUUUAAAUUUGGGGAUUUUAAAUCAGAUUAUAGUUUAGAAUAUUUGCAUAUUAAUUAUGGGCAAGCACACACCAUCUGAAUAGAAAUAUUGUUCAUUACUCAUUUAGCAGAUAAUUUGGGAGCUAUGUCUACUUUUCAAGGCAAAGUGAAGAUGACAGUCCUUGCUUUCAGGGAGACCCCACUUUAAUGGGAGACUGAUAAACUGGCAAUUAGACUAUGUGAUAAAUAGUAUGAUGGAAAUUAGCUUAAGCUGUUUAAGUAGGAACUCUUAUCUUAUUCGGUGGAAAGGCUGUUCCAGGUACAGGCAACUGGCCUAGCAACUUGGAUACUUGGAACCUUGUAUGAAAAGUGAAUUUAACCACAACUUAGACCUAAGAAAUUGACCUAGGGGUGUGUGUGUGUGUGUGUAUUCUAUGUACAUA